AUGGCUAGGAUCAAUAACCAAAAUAAUAGUAAAAAGAAAAAUGCAUCAGUUACUUAUGUUCAAAAUAAUUUUAUUUUUCUCAAUAAUGAUCAAACACCAAAAAACAAAAUCACAGCCAUGUUCAGCGCACAGUUAUUUAAUGAAGGCCAGUUACAUUUAAACUUUGUAACUUCUUACGAACCAGAACAUUCUUAUCUUGAGGAAUUUCAAAUGCAUCGUAGAAUUUUUGGGGUCAUUGGUAUUAUGGAUUGCUGUGAAUGGACAAAUUUGAACGAUGGAUUUAAAAAAUUUACGGAGAUUUACAAGAACUAUUCGUCAGCCGUUGCCUACCGAUGCUUUGCAUUCGACCCCGCAGAAAAUCAACCUGAUGAUACCAAAGGGCUGAUAAUGAUACCUAAUGUUGGAAAUUUAGGAUUUUAUAUGAGCACCAUGAUUUCAGAUUUUGCCAGCAACAUUCUAACGGAAUUUGGUAAUCUGGCAGCCAGUAUUGAAAAGAAAUCUAUUAUAAAUUCGCCUAAAAUUCCAGCAUCUUCAACUAAUGGAUCUCUACCUCAAAAUGGUAGAUAUUCUUCCACCGCACCUUAUUACUCAUCUGAUCAAAAAUCAGUUCAAAUUUCCACAUUACCCCCGACGCCACCUUCGCAAGCCAUGACUACUGCUGGCUUAGGUGGCACAACUGCUGGUGUAAAUCUAAAAGAUAAUCCUCUCCAUGGUCGAUCUUUUUCAGCAUCGACUUUAGUAAACAUGCCAACUGAUAUGAAGUUAAAAAGGAGGGCACCAGGAAGAAUUCACAAACUAAUAGCGGACUUGUUUUUAAUGGCAGGAAGGUUACCUGAUGCUGUAGCAAAUUACUCAUUAGCGAUUGAAACAAUGAAAGCAAAUAGUGAUUUUUUGUGGCAUGGAGCUGCUUUAGAAGGUUUAUGUGUUGCUUUGGUUAUCUCAGCAUAUUUACACACUGAUAUUGAGUCACAUAUUAUACAAUCACCUCCAUCCCCAAACCCAAGUUCACCAUCAAGCCCUUCUUUACCCGAUACACCCAAACCUCUCUGGGCAGAUAUAACUGAUAAAUAUGUUACAAUCCUUACUCUUUAUGCAAAAACUUCAAAUUCAUCUAAUAAUCAAGUGCCACCGAUAAUAUAUGCUGAAGCUUGUUUAAAGGUCGCUAAAAUGCUGGCUAGCAUAUGGGUUUCUGGCGGAUGGGGUGAUAACGCCCUAGCAUUAAUCGUUCAAGGCGGUCUUCCAGAGAAAAGUUCAAAUGAUAAAUGGGGUUUAAGUCCUGCUAGUGGGGUGUCAAAAGUUGAAGUUACUCAAUGGGCAAUGAAAGGUUAUGGACCAUAUGUUGAAGACAUGUCAAUAGUUGAACAGAUUCAUAUAACUACUACAUUGUCUACUAUUUUUUCUAUAAUUAAUUUGCGUCGAAAACAUGCUUUUUUCCUUCGUCAAACAGCCUUGUUAAUUUUGCCGCUUCUUGCAAAGCCUCGUUCAGGUUAUCAAUCAGCACAAAAGCAACAAACUGGAAAUGACGCUGGCUUAUUGACGUGUUUAAAAAGGGUGUGUGAUGUGUAUGGUGUGGGAGAUGCUGUCGAUAACGAAGAUUUUUCUGCUGCAGUUGAGGAUGUGAGACCCCUCUCCUUUGGUUGGCCGGACCUACAAAUUGACAUAUUAAAAGAUGCCCUAUUAGUAUCCGAAGCUCUACCUGAUUAUCCAUCUAUCAUCAAGUAUACAACGAGGCUCUUACGUAAAUUAUUUAUGUACAUUCCUAGAGAUGAACAACUUCGUUUAUCAAGCUCAUUACCAAGGGUUGUUGGUGCUGGAAAAAAACAAGGGUUAGACAUGGAAUUUAAAUAUUGGGGCUUAAAUGUUGUUAGAGGUAUCCAAGUAUGUCGUCCUACACCACGAAGAAUACCAUACCCACGUCCUGGAAAAAAUGCCUUGUCUAGAGAAGACGGUGAAAAAGAUCCAUUCCUUUAUCGGCCUUCUUUUCAAGCAAAAUCUGAUACUAUUCAGACCCAUCUUGUAGCAAGCGAGACCGCUUACUUUUUGGUCACAUUAGCAAACCCUUUUGCAUUCGAUUUAGAUAUCCAAAAUAUUUCUGUGAGUGCUGAAGGGGUAGGAUUCACACCUAAUCCAAUGUCUACUGCUAUUCCAGCCAAUACAUCAGUGACGUUACGCGUAUCAGGCACUCCAACCGAAGCUGGAGAUUUGAUUGUCAGGGGAUGUAAAAUAAAAAUUCAUGGAUGUCUUGAACAAGAAUUUUGUGUUUUUUUACCGCCUGAUGCAGAUGAAAUUAAAAAGAAAGAAAAGGAAGAUGAAUAUAAUAAAAGAAUAAAAAAAUGCGGAUUGGCAGUAUUGGAUCGUAUAAACCAUGAGGAUAGCUCGCAGUCCAGGAUUCAAUCAAACAUCGAACAAAAACCUGAUUUUGUUGCAGAAUUUUUAAAGGUUCCUGUAAUUGUCGAACAACCACUAAUUAAAAUUAAGUCUACUUCAUUGAUGCACGGAGCUGCUAUGCUUUUUGAAGGAGAAAAAAUGGAGAUGACAAUGAAGCUCGAAAACGUGGGCAAGAUUCCUGUUGAUUAUAUAAGCUUAUCGUUUCAAGAUUCAACAAUUGAAAAUACACAAGCCAUCUUAAAAUCAUCCGAUAUCCCAGCGGAAGAAGCUUAUGAGAUGGAAUUGUUUGCUCACAAACAGCCUGUUUUCUCUUGGGAAAUGCCAGAUACACCAUUUAAUAUUUUACCGGCAGAGGAAUUUGUUCUUAACAUUAAUCUUUUUGGGAAACGUGGAUGUGUUAGCGGCAUGGUACAAAUAGACUAUGCAUAUAUUAAUAGGCCGAAUUAUGUUGAUUAUGAAACUUUCUACACUAGACAAGUUUAUUAUCCAGUUCUUUUAACUAUUCAUCAAAAUCUUGAACCAGUUUCUAUGGACAUACUAAACUUCAAACCAUUAAGUGGUCCUGAUAAUUAUAUCAACGCUGUUAACGGUACACAUGAUGUUCAGCAUAAUAAAUUAGUUGAAGAUUUAAUUAAAAUGAUGCGCUGGAAUAGCGGAUCAAAGGAAGAUUCCAUGGUUAGGAUGGAAAACAACUAUUGUUUGUUAACAUUCGAUAUAAGGAAUUUGUGGCAUUCUGCAUUUGAUGUUACAAUUGAAUCUGAUGAAGGAGAAGAUAUGGAACCAUUAAGCAUCACUACUGUUAUCCAACCAGCUGCUACAGCACGUAUUAUACUACCAAUUAAAAAGAUUGCGCUAUGUGAAAGAGAAUACACACUACCAAUUCCUUCAUCAAAACAAUUUGUAGUAUCAAAGGGACCAAAAGGAAGUGUUGAACAAGAAAGACUGCAACUUGCAUUGUUUUGGUAUAGAGAGAACUUGUUGAAAAAAGUAAAAGCUAUUUGGGAAUCUCCAUCGACUAGUCAGAAAGGUACAGUUGAUAUACGAACCCUAAGGCUAAACAAAUCUAUGUUAAGCGUCUUAAAAGUGAAUGAUGUUUCGUUUGGAAUUGACAUUGAAAAGGCACCUGGAGUAUCAAAAAUAUCUUGUAAUCAAUUUAGGUGUCCUGUGAACGAAUUUGUACGAGUGAAAUUUAUUGUAUACAAUAAUCAAGAAAAAUCAUGCAAAUUAUGUAUCAGAAUCCAACCUGUACAGAGUUACAGUGAUGGAAUAAUGGAGUGGGAUUUAUCAAGAAGGAUGGUAUGGAAUGGGCUGCUACAGUCGCCGUUACCAAAGAUUGAAGCAAAGUCUUCAUUUACUUACACAUUACCUAUAUGUUUCUUUUCUAGAGGUGAUUUUAAGUUUUUGUACCAUUGCGAAGAUGUUAAUACUAGAACAAUGUAUUUUGACACGCAACCUUUAGUUGUUGAGGUUAUUGACAAAUAA